GCAUCAGCCAGCAAGUAAAGAGAGCUAAAUUCUUUUCAAUUAGAAUUCCUCAUAUGUGGUAAUUCUAAGCUCACGGUGUUAAAGGGAAGGAAAUGACUAUUUAGAGACUGCAUUCCAGAAGCAGGGCCGCUGAAGUAAAGAUCUGAGUGUGGAACGUGGAGCUGUUAGAAAAAUGAGUAUCACCUUCCUCUUGCCCAUUGUUUUCCUAUCAGUUACACACGCUUCAAUUAGUGGACCAGAAGAAAAAGCUGCACAAACGGGAGGAUCAGUCAAAAUCGAAUGCAGAUAUGACACAUAUUUUAGCAAUUAUCAGAAAUACUGGUGCAAAGGCUACUACAGGAGAAACUGUAAUGUUUUAGUACAAACCAAUGGCCCUGAAAGGAAAAGUCAUGAUGGCAGAAUAAAAAUUACAGCUGAUAAUGCAAAAGGACAACUUACAAUACAGAUGAGCCAGAUAACAGAAAAUGAUAAGGGAUGGUACUGGUGUGGAAUAGAGAGACCUCACCUUCUGGAUUCAAUGUCUCCCAUACAACUUAAAGUCCAUGAAAGUCGAAAGGGUUAUACUAAGGACAAGGAAAGACUAAGACUUUUCCUAACGCUCGGAAUAAUCUUUGGAAUUCUGACGGUGAUGUUUCUCGGGCUUGUGAUACUAGCUGUCAAAAAAAUAAGAAAGCACAAAGAUGAUGAUAGCAGAGAGAAGGAAUCAACAAUAGAAAAUUCUAUCCCAAAGUCAAACUCUGUGUUGUCAAAGGAGUUGGAAGAAGGAGUUACAUAUGCCGCUGUGAUGAUUCAGCCCAAUAAUCAUCCUCAGGACGAUUCUGCUGCUCUCGAGAAGCUGAGAACCUCCAACAGUCAGGAAGCAAUCAAGCCAGCUGUUGCCGAGCCUCCUGCUUCAGAACCAACAGAGUAUUCAACAGUUGUAUUCAAAAAGUAAUGUUCUUCCAUCAAAGCGUCUGCAAGCUACCUUCCACCCAUUUUCUGAAGAGUGAUAUUCCUGUAAAUUGUAAAUUGUUCCAUAUAGGGUGUGAGUAUAAGUUGCCUCCUCAUGUCCAGCUAGUCCAUAUUGGAAAAAUCCCAGGCAGUAUUCCUGAAUUUUUCUGAUAUUUGCCAAUGGCGUGAAUCCUUGCUGUCAGGUGUCCUUUUUUUGUCUCGCUGUCUACCCUAUUUCCUCAAGUCGGAGGAAUGGUGGGAACAGGUUUUGGGGGAUGUGGGAAGCCAGCUAGUAGGUGAGUUGUUGGCCAGGGCAAGGAAGCAGAAUAUUAAAUUUAGA